GUCACGUCAGCUGAUGGCUGGCAGUGUGUGUCUUGUAACGCCAACAACAGAUCUCUCACCUCAAAUACUUGCCCCUCUUGUACAUCUGUUUCGGACAUUACAGGUAACUGCAAAGAACGGUUGGGAAUGUGUUGGCUGUAGGCAGUACAGCACCACAAACACAGUUACUUGUGCUGGGUGCACGGCCACAGAGAUCGCAGUGGAGAGAUUGUUGGAUGGACAGUGGAUUCAUGGCACCCCCCAGAGAACCUGCCAGACUUGUGCUGCGGGAACAGUGCCCAGUGCAGAUGGAACCAGGUGUGUGAGGUGUAAUCAGGUAAUAUCCAUGCUGAAUGUACAGAAUUCUUGUGACUGUCAGGCAGGUCAGCAGUCUGGUGGUCUGUGUUUUCCCUCUGAUCCAAAUUUACCCACUGGAACAGACUUCACCAUUCGAGUUGAAGAAAGUGAUGUGACUUCAGCGUUCUUCAGGGACAACCUAGGGGCAUCUUAUGAAAUGUGCAAGUUUGACAGCACCACUGGCAAAUAUGGGAACCUUACUGCCUGUCAGACCCUGGGGAAUAUGUGCAUGUUAACAUACUAUAAAGAUAUCAGUACUGUAGGGAGCUCAGGCAGUGCCAUUAAUAGAAAAGCCUGUGAACUAUAUGAUCUGGUCAAGGGUUCAAGUUCUCAGGAUUGGCCUCCCAACAUGCCAUGGCUUUACUACUCAGAAAACGGGAAGAAUGUUCUUGACGACACUGGUAUAACGCAGGACUACUACGUCAGCCCGAGUCACGCCAACUCCAAGCUGAAACUCAUUGUUGCUAAGUAUGCUCUGAACGGAACUUUUCUGGGACUUGAAAAUGUAACAGGAGACACACUGCAGAUCUGUUCGGGGAAUCUUAAAAUGUUAAACGCAGCUCUGCAGUUUGGAACAACCUACUCUCUAUCAUGUCAAGUCUCUAUGGAUGAUCUGUGGGACGAAAACAAGUAUCCCCUCAUCUUCUAUGACCUCUACCUAGAAUUUACGGACAGCUCUGGUGCCAGAAAGCUGUAUGCUGUCCCUGUUCUAAUAGAGAACAUUGAUAGCACUAAACACACUGCUACAAACCAAGAGGAGUGGAAAAUGACAAGAAGAUUCUUUUUGAUUGAUAACCAGGCACUUAAGACGCCACCUAGUGAGUAG